ACAGGAAAAUGGAGAAUCCCAAACAAUGCAGAGGUCAUGUUGUGGUGCUUCCUUAUCCUAGCCAAGGCCACAUCAACCCUCUCCUCCAGUUCGCAAAGCGUCUGGCUUCUAAAGGCGUCAAGGCUACUUUCGCCACCACCAGUUACACUGUCAGCUCCAUUUGUGUCCCUAACGUUGAGGUUGAACCCAUCUCUGAUGGUUUCGACGAGUCUGGCUUUGCUCAAGCGGCGGAUGAGGAGACGUUUCUUCAGUCGUUCAAGGCCAACGGUUCGAGAACCCUAUCUCAAGUCCUGAAGAAGUUCGAAGACUCUGAGUUCCCAGUGAAUUGUGUUGUGUAUGAUUCAUUUCUGCCUUGGGCUCUUGAUGUGGCUAAGGAACAUGGCAUAUAUGGAGCCUCCUUUUUCACCAAUUCAGCCAGUGUGUGCAGCAUUCUUCUUCACAUUCACCAUGGUUUAAUUUCUCUGCCUUUUAGUCUCGAAGACAUACCCUUGUCGCUUCCUGGCUUGCCUCCGCUCGACAUUGCUGACCUGCCUGGCAUGCUUAAGAAGCCGGAUAGUAACCCAGCUUACUUGAGGAUGCAAAUGAAUCAGUAUUCAAACUUAUCCAAGGCUGACUGGAUCUUUGCCAAUACUUUCCAAGCACUAGAAAGCGACGCUGUCAAAGGAGUAGAAAAGCUAUGGCCAGCGAAGUUGAUAGGCCCUAUGAUCCCUUCAGCUUAUUUGGAUGGCCAGAUUAAAGGAGAUAGGGGAUAUGGAGCAAGCCUAUGGAAGCCUCUUGGUGAAGAAUGCAUCAACUGGCUAGUUGCAAAGGCACCUAAAUCAGUGGUGUAUGUCUCCUUUGGAAGCAUGGUGUCCCUGACAGCAGAGCAGAUGGAAGAGUUUGCAUUGGGCUUGAUAGAGAGUGGGGUGCAUUUCCUGUGGGUGGUAAGAGCAUCAGAACUGAGUAAAUUGCCAAAUGAAAUCAUCGACUCAGUAAAGGAAAAGGGUCUGCUGGUGACUUGGUGUAACCAGCUGGAAGCGUUGGCACAUGAAGCAAUUGGGUAUUUUGUGACUCAUUGUGGUUGGAAUUCGAUACUCGAAGGGCUCAGCCUUGGGGUUCCGAUGGUUGCAGUGCCAAAGUGGGCUGAUCAAAUGACCAAUGCUAAGUUUGUGGAGGAGAUUUGGGAGGUUGGGGUCAGAGCCAAGGAAGAUGACGAGGGAAUUGUGAGGAAAGAAGAGCUUGUUGGGUGUUUGAAGGAAGUUAUUGAGGGAGAGAGAGGCAAAGUGAUCAAGAAGAAUUCAAGUAAAUGGAGGGAAGUGGCUAAGAAGGAAAUUAGUGAAGGGGGGAGCUCAGACAAGUGUAUUAGUGAAUUUGUAGAACUUCUGGUGCCUGCUAAUAAGAAUUCAGAGGCCAGGGCUUUCCUGAAGGAUUAGUCAGAACAUAUUCUACCUACUAGCUUUGUGGGUGAGAUAUUAAAAGCAUAGAUCAUUUUACCAUAUGUGUUUAGUUGGUGCCAAUCUCAUUCUUGUCAUUCAUCUUCAGUUAUAUGUAUUCUAGGGUGUCCUGAUACCCUAAAUUUUCAAUUGUUAUGAGGUAAUAAAUUUCUAUCAUGGAAAGAACCUAUCAUAAUAAUAGAGUUAUUAUGUAGUGAGGGUUUUUCUCAAAAUGGUGAACAUGUUCCUUUUGAUUUGAGUAAAAAUGAUACAUCAAGUUAGAAGCUCUAAAUCGUUAUGAAAACAGUUGACUUUUAUAAAGAUCAUCAGUGCAUGCUUCUUUACACAUGGAUUUCCUCCUAACCAAGCUUUUAUACUGGAACAUCCUCUUACACAUCUAAAUUUUGCCUGUGAUUUUUGCCAGACAUGUAAACAUAUAAAAAUUGUAUCAG